CUGUGCCGUCAGGCCAAUGAGCGGGCCGUGGGCGGGCCGUUCUGGAACUCCGUGCGCUGAUCUUGUGGUUCAGGGAGCCCGGUCUGGGAGAGGGUCUCCAGUGCCGGCGGGCGGGCGCCAGUGAGUGCCCUAGGGAGUGGCAGCCCUCAGGUAUGCACCUGCCCAGGUAUCCGGACCUCAGGCUGCCUCCCUUGCCAACCCCCAGGCUGUGUCAAUCCUUCUGGGAGCCAGGACUAAGUCCACGUCCCUGAGCAGACGUUAGUCCCUUCUUGUUUCCAUGCCUCAGUUUCCCUCCGAGUGAGCCGAGGGAGAAGUCUCCCUGUCUGGCCGGGGCGGCUCUCCUGGAGCUGCGGGCAGGCGGCCAAGCCAGCGGCGGAGAGGGUGGCCCAGAGUACGGGCAGGGCUGGGGCUUCCUUGCUGCGCGCACUUGCCUCCCGGGCCGCAGAGGGGUGACAAGCUCCACGCGCUGCGGCAGCGGCCCGGGUUGGCCGACCCGGCUGCAUAGUGCCGGGCGCUGACGCCGAGGUCUGUGCGCAGGCGGCUGCAGAGCCGGAGCCCGAGCCGGAGCCGGGCCGCCGCGCCUCGCCUCGCCUCGCCUCGCCAUGGCGCCCACCCUGGCCACUGCCCAUCGGCGCCGCUGGUGGAUGGCCUGCACGGCCGUGCUGGAAAACCUCCUCUUCUCGGCAGUCCUCCUGGGCUGGGGCUCGCUGCUCAUCAUGCUCAAGUCGGAGGGUUUUUACUCCUACCUGUGUACUGAGCCAGAGAAUGUCACCAAUGGCACAGUGGGGGGCACAGCAGAGCCGGAGCACGAGGAGGUGAGCCGAAUGAAUGGCUGGCUCAGCUGCAAGGCCCAGGAUGAGAUGCUAAACUUGGCCUUCACCGUGGGCUCCUUCCUGCUCAGUGCCAUCACCCUGCCUCUGGGCAUCGUCAUGGACAAGUACGGCCCAAGGAAGCUCAGGCUGCUGGGCAGUGCCUGCUUUGCUGUCUCCUGCUUGUUGAUUGCAUAUGGAGCAAGUAACCCAAACUCCCUCUCCGUGCUCAUCUUCAUCGCCCUGGCUCUGAAUGGCUUUGGUGGGAUGUGCAUGACAUUCACCUCAUUAACACUGCCCAACAUGUUUGGUGACCUUCGGUCCACGUUUAUUGCCUUGAUGAUUGGAUCCUAUGCCUCCUCAGCAGUCACCUUCCCAGGAGUCAAGGUCAUCUACGACUUCGGUGCCUCCUUCAUCGUCAUGCUCGUGGUCUGGGCUGGCUGCUCCGGGCUGGUUUUCCUCAACUGCUUCUUUAACUGGCCCCUGGAGCCCUUCCCGGGCCCAGAGGACAUGGACUACACGGUGAAGAUCAAGUUCAGCUGGCUGGGCUUCGACCACAAGAUCACUGGGAAGCAGUUCUACAAGCAGGUGACCACGGUCGGGCGCCGCCUCAGCGUGGGCAGCUCCAUGCGGAGCGCCAAGGAGCAGGCGGCACUGCAGGAGGGCCACAAGCUGUGCCUGUCCACCGUCGACCUGGAGGUCAAGUGCCAGCCCGAUGCCGCAGCGGCCCCCUCGUUCAUGCAGAGCGUGUUCAGCCCCAUCCUGCUGCUCAGCCUGGUCACCAUGUGCGUCACUCAGCUGCGCCUCAUCUUCUACAUGGGCGCCAUGAACAACAUCCUCCAGUUCCUGGUCAGCGGCGACCAGGACGCAGUGGGCCUCUACACCUCCAUCUUCGGUGUGCUCCAGCUGCUCUGCCUGCUGACAGCCCCCGUCAUUGGCUACAUCAUGGACUGGAGGCUGAAGGAGUGUGAAGAUGCCCCUGAGGAGCCCGAGGAGAAAGACACCAACCAAGGUGAGAAGAAGAAGAAGCGGGACCGGCAGAUCCAGAAGAUCACCAACGCCAUGCGGGCCUUCGCCUUCACAAACCUGCUGCUCGUGGGCUUUGGGGUGACUUGCCUCAUUCCCAACCUGCCUCUACAGAUCCUCUCCUUCAUCCUGCACACGAUCGUGCGAGGAUUCAUCCACUCUGCCGUCGGGGGCCUCUAUGCCGCUGUGUACCCCUCCACGCAGUUUGGCAGCCUCACAGGCCUGCAGUCCCUGGUCAGUGCACUCUUCGCUCUCCUGCUUGUCCUGAGCAUGCUGGGCUUCUGCCUUCCCCUCUACCUCAUCUGCUACCGGCGCCAGCUGGAGAGGCAGCUGCAGCAGAAGAGGGAGGAUGACAAGCUUUUCCUCAAGCUCAACGGCUCGUCCAACCGGGAGGCUUUUGUGUAGUGCCCACCACCUCGGAACUGUGGCGUCCCGCCCUUGCUUCAGUGACUCAGCGGUGUCCUCCCCACCCCAGAGGACCUCCACGCACCCCUAGGAUCCUGUCCUGAACCAUGUUGGAGUCCUCGCUCCCUCCCAGGGCCCUGGUCCUGCUUCGGAGCUCUGCGGUGGAAGGAUGGGAGAGGGCCCGGUCAGGCGCUUCUCCUGCUGGAAGCAGAGGCGCUGCGGACUUCGCUCAGCCACCCUCGAGGGGCCCUGGAGCCUCGGGGCUCCAUGGUGCCUGCAGGAGCAGACAGGAGGACCCCGGGCAGGCAGGCCCUCUCCCCCCAGUGUGUCGAGAUUCCGCCUCUUGCCAAAGCAGAGGAGUCUGCCGUCUACUGCCCACCACCUGCCCCUCGGCUGCAUGUCCACCAGCCACGCCUGCUGAGGACAAGGGCUUGCACUGUCUGUACCCGCCUCGCCUGGCCCCUCACCUCCUCCCCCGGCCAGUCUGAGCUGCCUGAGGAAGGAAGGACCCGCUUCCUGUUGUUGGUGCUAACUCCUUUGUGAUUCCAGCCCCCUGUGGCCUGUCCUCCUGUUCGAGGCCUGUGGAGAAGGCCCCCUGGCUUAAAGCCUGGGGAGGGGAUGGAGGGCUGGAUGGUCACAUGUGGCUCAGGAGCUGUGGUCAGGGCCGAGCAGCAGUCCCUUCCCUCCUCCCUGAGGGCCUGAGCCGGGGGCAUGUCUCCACUACCACCCUCUGUCCAGUCUGUGACCUGAAGGGAAUUAAAGGGGCACCACACACAAACACACGCAUGCGCAUGUGUGCGCGCGGGCGCACACACACACACACACACACACACACACACACAGCUGUUUUUGUGGGGGUGGAAGUGAAGAUGUGGCUGACAGACGUGGAGGUCCAGGCCCGGGUGGGAAGGUGGAUUUGUGAGAGACCUAGGGGUGUGUGUGCAUGUGGGUUGUGCGCGCGUGUCCUGUGCAUGAGAGAUGUGUGUGGGAUGGGGGUGGGAUGUGGGCGCUGGGGGUCUGCCCUUAUCCUUCCAGAGACACCGCGGAGCCAGCCAGGCCCGCAGCAAGCCCAGCGCCCAGGAGCCAGCCCCGCUCAGGGUUGGGAGCUUGUCCCAGGCUGCAGGGCCACAGCGCCCCCUGCUGGCAGACUUUCCAAGGGCCCUGGAGCUGUUUAUGCGGGCGAGGCCCUGUUUCCUCCGCCAGGCGGGCCUGGCUUGCCAACCCACCCACCUUGACUGCCCUCAGAAAUGUGUCUGAGGCUUCCUGGGAGCUCUGAGAAGGGUGGGUUGAUUUUUAGGUGAAUUGUUUUGGUGGUUGGUUGGGUUUUUUUUUCCCCUUUUAAGUUUAUCAGACUCCUUUUUAUAAAGCAAUAAAUCCAUUUUCCUCCUGGUAAGGGAUGCCCCUUCUAGCAUAUCAGUUAAUGACUACAUGUGCCUGUUUUGAGCUUGAGAAGAAAAGGCAAGACAAGAUUUUCUGCCCCAGUCGUACCCAGCGACUCACCGUCUCUCUGGGUGUGAUUGCUGUCUCGGGAGGGGCAGUGGGCCAGGAAAAGACCUUCCUCCCCCGCCCCACCCCCAAACAAAUGGGGCUUGUGCAGACACCUUAGAAGUGUGGCCAUCCCCUCCUCUGCUGCUUAUCCCAGCCCGACAGGCUAAUCCUGACCCCCUUUCAUCCCUGCUCAGACUUCCUGUCACCAGUCAACCAUGCUGAGGGUUCUUCCUAAGUUCAGGACACAGGGUGACCCCAGGAGAGCCGCAGGCUCAAAGAGAGCAGAGGCAGGAUAUGGCGGAGGAACGGGUGGCAACAGGAAGGGGCAGGGGCAGGCCCAGGCCCGAGCCCCUUGAAUGCACCUAAUCUCCCUAGGCUUCACCCACUCAGAUAUUCAAAAGCAAAUGUUUGUUUUAAACAGACAUUUUUUUUUUAAAAAGAGAGAGCCUGGGAUCAACAUUUCCCAAAGCAUUCCUCAGCAUGCUAGUUCUGUGAGAUGUCAAGGUCAUUCUCAUUUUUUAAAACAGCGUUGUAGUCAGAUUCGGGAAAUGUUGAGAUAAGGUCAAAUGAGCGGCACUGGUGGGCUGUGUGCCUCUCCAGGGGGUUGUCUGUGACUAAGCGAUGGCUUUAACCAUCACAGCCGUCCUCCACAUGGGGCCCAAUGACCACGAGCAGCAGGAGCUCUCGGGGUGCUGGUUAAUAACAGCCUCUGGGACUUGCCUCUGACCUAGAGGGAAACCGAAGUCUACACUUUGCUAAGUCCCACCUGGUGGUUCUGGCGCCCGCCCCCCCAACAUUUGAGACCCACUGAUAAAGGAGUGCAGUUUGGGGAAGCGCUGACUAGCAAGGGCCCUUCCAGCUGGGAGAUAUGUUGAGCUUGUACAGACAUGGCCUGUGCUGUUCCCAGCAGUGCCCAGCCCAGCCAAAGUGGGAGCUGCGGCCUCUCUCUCCCACCCACCUGCAGGGUGUGUGCACUUUGGGGGAAGAAGCAGGCAUUAAGAAACGAGAGUUCAGGGUGGGAGAUAGUCUAGGGCCAAUAGUGCGUGGGGAUUAGAGGCAUGAAAAUGGGAGCAGGGUACCAGAUGGGUUGGGGACCACAGGUGCCCCCCCACUCCCUUGCCUGUCAUUUUGCUCUGACUGUACAGGGUUGAUGGGUUACAUAUUUUCCCAUUACCAUCACUGGAUCAUGCUAACAAGCCAGGAGUUCAUACUACCCCCCCUAAUUUACAGCUGGAAAAAUUGAGGCCCAGGGAGGUGGAGUAACUUGCUCAAGGUGAGAGCCAGGACUCAUAUGUGGUUCUUAGCCUCUAGGUCAGGACAUUCCAUUCAGAGCAGCAGCGCCAGGGGCCACCAGGCCUUGAGAUCAGGGCGAAACAGCCUAAGGGAAGCAAACACAGGCGAGGUGUCUGUUUCUUGGAGCCAAGAGCUUCCUUGGAGAGAGUGGAGUGAGCUCUACUUAAUAAAGUCAUCUUGGCCCUAGAGGCUGAUGGUAGCUUGGGGGAGCAAGUUUCUGGUCGCCCCAAACCCUGAGAGGAGUGCCCUGGGGUGGGGCAGGGACCACAUGGCCUCGGCCCUCCAUCUUCUUCGUCCUCCUCCAGGCUUCUGGUGGGAAGGAGCUGGAAGUCAUGCCCAGCCCUGCGGGCUCAAUCAGAGUGAAGAGCGCGGCCAGGCCGGGCUCAGGAGCAUGGCCCCGAGCCCCACUCCUCUCUAGUCUCCCUGUACUUGAGUCCAGGUGUUCCUUUGUGGUUAGCUUCCUCCGAGCCCUCCUGGUCUCUGCCUGUGGCUCUCGCUACCUGGGCCUGUACUAGGGAAGGUUCCCACUCUCGUAAAGGCCAUAGAUGGGGCUGCAGGUUGUGAGUUCCGUUCUGUUUCUCUUUUUAUUCCUCUUGUACCCGGUGUCAGCCUGGUGAAAACUUCUCAAGCCCUCCUUGUCCUGGCCCUGGGCUGUGCAGUGUGAGGAGGGCAUCCCGCUGCCCUGGGCCCCAAACACACUGAAAAUGGGGAGCCAUCCAGUAUUGGGGGUACGUGUGCAGGACUGUCCCAGACAGCGGCACAAAAAGCCCAGUGGAGUUUUCGAUGCAUUUGCACAUCAGCCUGCCUGAAUUUAAACAGAUACACACCACCGGGGGCAGGUGAGGCUGUGGACCCCCUGUGGUAAGGGGCUCCUGUCGGAGAACUCUGAGAAGUCUUCUCCGCAGAGUCAGGCUUCCGGGGCUGUUUAAUACGGUGCAUUCUCGUGGGCUCUGGGACAGUAAGGCGCCUUAUCUGUGGGGUCAGGAUUAGGAGCCCGGGACCCCCAAAGUGAAGGGAUGGGUUUUCCACAGGCUGCAGCGCUCCCCUGGGGUGGGGGUGGGGUCAGGGUGAGCCGGAGGGCUCUGGAAGCCUGUCCCACCCAGGCCCUGCCUCAUGCCGAGUCCUGGGGUGAGGACCUGGUGUCUGGAAGGAGGUGCAUCGUCCUCCACGUGGGUGGCCCGCCGCAAAGCAGACCUCUCCCGCCGCUGGCACACAACCACCGCCUGGGCCCUUGGUCUCUGCAGGCAGCAUGUCCAGCCCCGAAGUUAGUCUUUCUCGGCCUCCCAGGCAGAUCCAAGACCAAACCAGGGCCUCUGGCCGCUCCCAGCCCCUCACCCCUUCCCAGAGUGAGAUCGUCUCCCUGUGCUGGGGAGGCUGUGAGGGAAGGGCAGAGGUUAGGGGCCCCACCACACAUACUAUCUCGUGACCUGAAGCAAGUCUUGAGCCUCAGUUUCCUCAUCUGUAAAAUGGCAAUAAUACUCUCCCCGGGAGGCUAGGUGGACAUGGACGUCAAGCAGUCGCACAUUGUUGCACCUGGCACUUCAUAGGCACUUAACAAGCGAUAGCAUUAUUUUUAUGACCCUGGAGGAAUGCAGAGAGCACAGGGGAUGAGGACCACCCACACCCACCCUCCCCCGCCCAUAUAACAGGACAGACUUUAGGCAGCCCUGACUGGGACAGCCUUGUGGCCAAGUAAAGGAAGUGAGGUCUGUUUCUGCUGACCCCUACCCCUCUCAGAACCCCCUCUCUAAGCAAAAGCCUUAAGCAGUUGUCCCCUUGUUCAGUUUUACGUUUUUCACAUUUUGUUAAGAGACUUGGCCAAAGCUCCUCAAGCUAACCUCUAACUGGUGGAUAUCCGGGCACUCUUGACAGUUUUAUGCUGAGGUGGGUGACUCAGAGCACAGCUUGUAGGCAGUACCUCCAUGCCACCUCCUCGUGAAACUGCUUGGCUGUGCCUCUGUGUGUGUGUGUGUGUGUGUGCGUGUGUGCACACGUGUGUCAAAGUCUGAGGUGUGUUCCAGGCACAUCAGGUGUGAAUGUGUUUGGAGGAGUGUGUGGGAGCUUGUCUGUGUGCCUGUCUACCUGGACGAAGAGGGAGAGGGUCUCACGUCGCUGAAUCCCUUUUGGUGGCUGGAAGGGCCUAGGCAGGCCCCGUCCAAGGACCCAGCCCAGGCUCUCAGAGUGGUGCCUGAAGGGUUAACAUGUUCCUGUGUCAACGAGGGUCAGUGCAGUGUCACUGACAGCUCAGCAGCUGACCCUGACCCUUCCUGGCCCUUUGCUGUUUCUAGCACCUGGAUUACUUCCUGGCACACAGUAAGCACUUAAUAAAUGUCUGCUGAAAAUGGCUAAGAACUGCU